AUGAGUAGGAAAAACAGUAACAUCAGUGGGCUCAGUAGUGAGUCCAGUAGCGACCAACUAUAUGCAGACGCUAAAACGGAGAGUCUCCCGAUGGAGGACUUUGAGAGCUCACAAUUCGAUGAUAUUGAGAGCGGGCUCAUUGACGGCAAAGAUGACGCUAAUAGUAAGAGGAACAAAACUCACAUAAAAACUUCCUUGAACGACAUUAUACAGCAGGUUCGCCAGCGCUCGCGAUUACUAGCCAAUAGGACCGGUUUAACCUCAACUAAGAAUAUUAUUAUUAGGCUGCUAGUGGUUAAUGUUGUACUUUUCCUAAUAUUUAUACACUUCAGCAGCUUUAGAAGUCACCACUUGAAGAAUGAGGCCAAUAUAGGAAAUGGUGGUAUAGAAGAGCAAGGCAAUGAAGAAUCUAUUGCAGGUUUGGAUAUUUCCAUCGGACAUGGUUUGGAGAAUUCCGUGUCAGUGAAAGGAAGGAUAAAGGAUUAUAAUAGAAAUCUGAAUAAAAUAUUACAAGGCGUUCCUCAAGUAAACGAUAAAUCAGAAAUGUCCCAAUAUGAUACAUCAAAAUUUAUAAAAAUGCAAAGGUUUGACCUGAUGGCAACAGCCAACGGAUUCCCAAAUAAUACUUUUCUGCCCUUCGAAUUGACCUCUUAUCAAUCAAACAUGUACAACUUGACUGGGAGUGAGUCUAAUAAAUGCGAUGCCAUAAGUUGGAAGUCAAGAAUACAUUAUUCACAAGAGAGAUUACCGAUAGAGGAAGACUUAGUGGCAGCGAGAAUAAAAUUUGUAAAAGAGGAUAAGCACCUUGGUAAAAUUGUGGAAGAAUUACAUAACGCCAGUAAGAAAGAAACUAUAGAGGAAAGUGUAAAGAAGCAAUGGCUAAGAUUUGGAUCAUCAGCGCAGUGGCUGGAGGAUCACCAAUGUUAUUUAGUGUUUAGUAGGAUUAUUGUAACAGAGGGGGGAUUUAAAGGUGCUGGUAAAAUGUCACUGGUGAGCGCUCAGGCAUUUGAUAAAGAUUGGAAUGAAAUCAAAGGUAAACGUAUUCCAUUCAUUGAUACUGAAAUACCAGAUGAUCUAGAACAACAACUAAUUGCCAUUGACAAGAAGUAUGAUUUAUUCAAGAAUUGUGAUGAAGAAGAUAAGACAACCUACCAGUAUCAAGUAUGCGUUCAAAGUAAGCAAUACAUGAAAGAAAAGGCAGAGGAAGAGAAAGAUGAACUAUUGGGUAACUAUUAUAGAGUAUAUCCAACAAUUUUGAAAAUUCCUUUUGCAAUGGAAAAGAAGUGGUUUUACAAAGGACCAGAAGAUCCGAAGUUGAUACUAAGAACUAAUAAAGAUGGCAUUCAGGAACCAAUUGUUGUGUACAAUAUUUAUGAUCCUACACAUCAAGAACGUAUGAUGCAAGUAGUAUUGCCUCACAGAAAAAUUAGUCCGGUCAUACCUCUAAUAGAACAGGAUGCUAUAGUUGUUGGCCGUCAAAAAAACUGGACUCCAUUUAUUAAAGAUGAAGAUGCUGGUGGCCAAAUCUCAAGAGGUAGUUUACACAUGUUUUCAAGAGCAGCUCCUUUACAAAUUGUUAAGUGUUCACUUGAUACUGGUUAUUGUAAGUUUGUUUUUGAUGCUGCAGAAUACUCCAAGAAAGAUUUUGAACCCAAUGAAAUCAGGGGAGGCACUCCUUUAAUAAAACUACCGCCAGUCGUUCCUCAACUGAAAGGAAGGAAUCUUUGGUUUGGUUUGAUGAAAGGACAUAUAAAGGAAUGUGGAAUAUCGGAUCGUCUUUACAGACCAUCUCUUGCUAUAUUAGAAGAGGAAAAUGGCAAAUACUUUUUCAAUUUAAUAACGGAUACUCUCCAUUUCAAUACUGAGGUGCUUGGGUGGUCCGAGAAGAAUUUCAAAGCUGAUGGUUAUAAUGUCCUUUCACCAAACAGUGUCAUUUCUUGGGAUGUGCUAAGCCAAAACCCCGAAACUAAAUCUUAUGAUGAUUAUAUGCAGAUAUCAGUAAGCCAAUCAGAUAAGGGAAGUUAUGUAAUAAAAAUGAAAGGCGUGCUGGAUUUCAUUCUACAAUCAUACACCAAGGAAGGUCUUAACAAUAAUAUGGACUGGGAAAGUUCUGGUUUGGAGGAUAGAAUAGAACUUGGUGGGGUAUGUUUUAGAAAGCAUUUAAGAAACUAUUGUGAAGAAUACAGCAAGUCACAUAGCUGA